UGUGGUCCGCUGAACAGUAUCAUCCAAUCCAGGCAUUCAAGUGUUUUUUUCUGUCUCCUUUCUCUUCUUUAAAUUCGAGGCCCUUUUCAAGGAUUGUACUCGGGCGCCGAGAAACGGCAUUGGAACGCGUUUUGUUGCUUCGCGCAUCCGACGCGCCGGGCAUGACCGCAUCGCCUUAGGACAGGUCUGAUACAUAGCCAGCGACACCUGGGGGUCCAGCAUUAUCCGAAUGGAUACAAACAGUGACAAUUACCAGUCCGGCCGCUUGCUCGAUGCGAUUGAGCAUUUGGAAGCAGUUGCUUCUGUGCCGGUGAAGCAAAGAUACACUGAUGCUGGCCAGCUGGUCAAGACCAUUGCAUCGGACGCGUAUGAAAAUGGCAUUCCGCAAAACGCGCUGGGCCGUUUACUGAAGGUUCUCACGGUAAAGAAUCACCUAGAUCAGGGAACCACCACAACUUUGGUGAAGAAUCUGUAUCCGCAAGAGAGAAUCUCCUCUCAACAUGUGACGCAAGUCGUGUGCUGUCUGGGACCCAGCAAGUCCAAGCCGAGUCCUGCCACCCAGGUUUUGCUUGUUCGCUGGUUGAUCAUGACUUAUGAUCUCCUCGAGGACCGGACACAACUUGGCAAGCUUUACGCAGUGUUAUUCAAUCACUUGGAUAUGAUCAGUUUAAGGAAGCCACUUUGUCAUCUACUUUCCCUGAUCACUCGACGAAAGCAUGUCAAGCCAUUUCGCAUUCAGACUCUGAUGGAGUUGAUCCAGUCUGCGGGCGGGGAAGAGAAAGAGCUCAUGAGUUUACUCAAGAUCUUCAAGAACUAUUACCCCGAGAUCAUUAUCGGAGAUGUCGGUGGCUCGAGAAGGAUGGCGCUGUUUUUUAAACACCCCGACCCGGAAUGGUCGACUCAUGCGAAACUACUACAGGACCAGAAUCUGGAGAAGGUGCAAGCGGCGCAGCAGUCGAAUUACCAGGUAUUGCAUCGAGGUAUGGGAAAACGCAGCAGGAUUGAGGUGGUAAUUCCGGUCUUGCAAACCUCUCGAGUAUCAAAUAAGCAUACGUCCCUUGAAGAAAUCCGAGACAUCGAGCAUUUCGUCGACAAGCUCGACACCAUUGAGCUGCCGAAUCAGAUCAUCUCAACUCUUGGUGAUGCGAUGGCCCAGAAAUACCUUCAUUUGGUUCAGUCUGAGGCUGCCAAUGAUCGUUUAGAUGAGUGGCUGAAGGGCUUUUUGGCCGACAAGUUGGAGAAGAUCCGGGACGAUGAUGAUGACGAGCCAGAGGUUCUUUCAUUUGUCUUGGGCUUUCUUGAAGGAUAUACAUCGUUCAUCAAGGCCCUGUUACCGUCCGUUCGAAAAUUCCUAGAGUCAUAUCUUUCGAUAUGGAAGGGCCGUGACAACCGCCAGCAAGUUCUGCGACUACUUCAGUAUCUUCCGAUUGAACCCUACGAGGCCCUGCGAGAAUCGGUCUUUGCCCCACUAGAGCGUGCCGUGCUGGACAGUGCGGUUAGUUCUAGGAUAGAGCUGCUUAAUUUCUACUCUGCAUUGAUCACCGAAUGGGGCGUCAGACUUCGAACACAACCCACAGCUUCAGAAGAAUCAUUCCCUUCGAGCAAAGUUAUACAGCAUGCUGAGCUCUUAGCAUCCUCACUUCUAGAGCUCGCCCCGACUUCUGCUGGUAACGACAAAAGUGCCCCGCCGGUUGUCCUUUCGGUCAUUCAAUUCUAUAAGUCUCUCGCGGGGUUAUUUUCCCAUGCAUCAGGGAACGCCAAUAUUCGACUGACCGUCCCUAUCGCUCCCACCAUUUAUUCUAUCACCUUCACACCUACCGUUUCGGUCAUUUCAGGGCUCAACUCAAUUCUGGCCGAUUACAAGUCUGCGUUCGAGGCCUCUCUAGCGUCCGACGUGAUUAAACCACAAAACACUUCCGAGCCACUUUACAGGACAGAGCUGGUGAACCAAUUUAAUGGCUACGUUAUGGACAUGUGCAACUUGAUCUGGCGCAAUCGGGCCUUAAACACAGAAGAUCCAAAUGCACAGGGUUGCCUGAUUCCAGCAGCUAGCACCACUGCUCUCACAGCGUACGUUCGCAACGUGAACGAGGCUGCUCGGCACUAUGAUCGUGAAAGUGCUUUUCAUGUCAGUCUGGCUUCCAUAUUCUCUCUUAGCCACCACGCUGCAUUCGCCAAUUUGUCGGCUGCGUGCUUCGCCGAAAUAGAGGAAAAGCAGAACGCCGCAAAGCAUGGUCCGAAGUUGCGCAAGCCGGUCACUCAAAAGGCCUUACAGGCCCUUGAAAAGGAUGGCGGUGCUAAAAUAACCUGGCAGGAGUAUCGGGUCAACAUGCUGGAUUGGUUGGAAGCGGUGGGAAGCCGGGGGACAAGUGAUCUGAUGAGGAGUACCAUGAAGGCUUUACGAAAGGAGUGAGAUAUGGAGUGAGUCAAGUCUCGAUAGAUGAGUAGUCCUGAUGAAUUGGCAUUUUGGGUGGUCUAUCAUUCCCGCUAUAAAGCGCCGGUUCUCAAUGCGUGGUAUCUUCCUUUAUACAAGUAUGGUACAUGUUCUAUGGCAUAAACAUUAGGGAAACUCUCUAGAACUUCUCCGUAGUAUUCAGGUAAAUAUCCUGAACACUGGGGUCGUCCCGCAAGGAACCGAGAAGAUCCUCGAGAGCUUUCACCUGCUCUUCAUCCUGUAGCUCGACGAGAGUUUCCUGGUUGGGAUCCCAGAACAUCUCCAGUUCUGCAAUCGUCAAACCAGACAAUUUGACAAAGGCCUCACCAACGCUUUUCGUUUCGGAGGGGUCGGUCAACAGCACCAAGCGACCUUUAUCGUCGGUGUUGAUAUCCAUCGCGCCGGCUUCGAUAGCUGGAUCCAGAAAAUCGUCCGCAUUGCUGUCGUCUUUCUUCUCCAGGACGACCCGACCUUUCUUUUCAAAGAGAAAAGUUGUGGGGGUGACUGUUCCUCCACCGUUCUUAAUCAAGUAUCGAAUGUCUUGUAGGACUCGAGCCUUCUGAUCUGUCUGGCACUCGACCACCGCAGCCACUCCACCAGGGAGCAUGGCUUCAAUUGUCACUGACUCGAGUGCUUGACCUGUCAAGCUGAGUCCCUGACCACGUGCGAUGGCGGCUUCGAUGAUGUUUUUGGGAAUGGAGGCUCUCUUCGCGUUGGAGAGCGCGAGGGUCAAACGAGGAUUGUACUUUGGAUCGGCG